GAAGAACAACUCGAAGCACAAGUCCAGCAGCUCAAGGAUCAGUUGCUCCGCAGUCUAGCCGAACAGGAAAAUACCCGCUCCAUUGCCAAACGGGAUGUGGAAAACGGGAAGCUCUACGCGAUCAAAUCGUUCGCCAAGAGUUUGUUGGACGUUUCCGACAAUCUCACACGCGCCAUGGAAGCUGUGCCGGAAGACGCUCGGGUCGAUCAGCAGGAAUCGAACCACGUCUUGCACAAUCUGUACGAAGGCAUCGCCAUGACGGAACGGGGGCUUCUGAAGGCUUUCGAAAGCAACGGUUUGGUCAAGUUCGGCCAAGCCGGUGAGGCCUUUGAUCCCAAUCGGCACGAAGCCCUGUACGAAUACGUGGAUCCGGACAAGGAGCCGGGGACCGUAGGACAAGUCGUGAAGGAUGGCUUUCUGCUCAACAAACGCGUCCUGCGACCGGCGGAGGUAGGAAUAGUCAAAAAAGAGUAG